AUGGAGGAUGACCUUGUGAAAGACUGGGAGAAGUUACGAUUGACAGAGGAUGAAGGGGUAGUGUUAGGAGGUGAAUAUAUCGAGACGGUGACAGAGGAUACCAAAGCGCAAUUGAACCUUACUUUAAUGGGGAAAUUGUGGACUGUUAAACCGUAUAAUCUGGAAGCAAUGAAGCGCACUUUAAUGAAUGUUUGGAGGUUGAAAGAGAAGUUCGCAGUUAGGGUAGUGGAGACAAAUCUUUUCGCCUUUCAAUUCUUUUGCGAGGAAGACAAAGCUCGUGUUCUGGAAGGCAGACCUUGGUUUUUCGAUGAGAAAUUGCUCUUAUUACAGGAAGUGUAUGGCGAAGAACAACCUUCUGAAAUCUGCUUUAAAAAUACUCCAAUGUGGGUACGCCUGAUGGAUGUACCUCUGAAUAAACGAUCAAUAUCAGUUAUGUAUGACAUUGGUGAAUUUAUAGAACUAGAUGAAUCGGAUCCUCUAGGAUGGAGUGAAAGUAUGCGGAUUAAGGUUUUGGUGGAUAUAAAUAAGCCUUUACGAAGGGGAUUGUUCCUAGCAACUGACCAAAAUUCGUCUCGAUGGAUUGAUGUAAAAUACGAAAGAUUGGCCGAUUUUUGUUUUUUCUGUGGAAGGCUUGAUCAUACAGAAAAGGAGUGUCAACAUAAAGAACAAGCAAAAGGGAGCGAACCUAUGAUGGUUUAUCAAUACGGACCAUGGCUACGUGCCUCUCCAAAAAAGAAAACCAGGAUAGAUAUGGCAGAGAGGGAGUUUGAAAGAGCUUGGAUUGAAAAGCUUAGACAGUCGGCAGGCAGUAAGAAGGCUCCCUCAUACAACGAUCCUAAUGUCAUCAAAUUGGGACCAGUUGGUGCAGCGAGGAAGCUUGUUUUUUCUCCAACAAUGGCCCAUCAUAAACCUGAUAUCCCAAAGAGCCCAGUGAGAAAAAGGGAAGCUGAAUUAAGGGUUGUGAAGGGGGAAGGAAGCAUGAAUUUUGUUCUGAGAACAAUGGGGAAAGCAGAGAGGGAGGAUAGGGAAUUCGGAGCAGUGGGAGAAGCAGGACAGGGGAAGGAGGAUAGUAUGGGAGAGGGAAAAAAAUAA